AUGGAUAUUUGCCUUCUCUGUUUGGAGCUUAACCUGGAAUCGCAGUAUAUACCAGUGGCGUCCAGACAAUGGCACGAUGAGAAAAUUGGAGAAAUAAUUGAAAAACAUUUUUGGCCAUUUUUGAGUAAAAAACAGAUUGCUUCACAUACAUGGCUUUGUAUAAAUUGCUGGAACACACUAAAGGAAUUCCAUGAGUUUUAUUUAAACAUCGAAAAUAGCCACAAAUCUUUUAUUCCCCCAGUAAAGCUAGAACCACAAGAAAGUGAAAUUAAUAUUGAAAUUGACACAGACAAGGUAGAUAAAUUGGAAAUUGAUUCUAAUGAUAAUAAUGACACUUCUAAAGAAAUCUUAACCGAAUCCAUCAGCCAGGAUCUGGACAACUUACCAUGUUUGGUAAUUAUGAAAUGUGAAAUUAAUAAUGAAGAACAGAUAAUGGAAAAUAAUGAGGACGAUAAAUUGGAAAAACUAUCCAAGACUAGUAGAAGUAAGGAUCCCUUACCUAGAACGUUGAAUAAAAAAUAUGAAAGAAAAUCCAGGAGUUCUAUAAGGCAAGACAAAAACAAGAAUAUCCUUGAGAAAAAAGAAGAGGUACAACGAAAAACCAAGAGAUCGCCUAGACAAGACAAAAACAAGAUUAACAUUGUGAAAAAUGAAGGGGUUCAGAAUACAGAAAAAUUAAAUUUCACCAGCAGCGAAUCACAAGAAUGUGAAUUUAAUAUUGAAGUUGUUACAAACAUGAUUGAUAAAUUGGAAACUAAUGAUAAUAAUGACACUUGCAAAGAAAUCUUGUGCGAAUCAAUCAGUGAGGAUCCAGCAAAAAUACCUUGUUUGGUCAUCAAUCAAGAACAUAAAAUGGAAAAUAAUAAGGACGAUGAAUUGGAAAACAAACCCAGAACUCGCAGUUGUAAAGAUCCCUUACAAACAACGUUGAAUAGAAAAAAUAAACCAAAGCAACAAAAAACCAAGAGAACGGCAAAGCCAGGAAAAAUCAAGAAUAACCUUGAGAAAGAUGAAGAGAUACAAAAUUCAAAAGAACCGAACUUUGCCAAUAGCUAUAAUGAAAAUGUUGAUGAAGUCCAAAGUACAGAAGAGGCAAAUAAUUGCGAUGGUGAAAAAGCUAACAGCGAUGAGGAAACUAAUCCAAAUGACAAUGUUAACGAUUUGGAUGUUGGUGUAGAUUCAUAUUUAAACAAUUCCGACAAUGAAAUGGAUGAAUGUGCAAAUAAUGCCAAUACUCGUGAAUCAACAUUUAUUUAUCCCCCUAAAACCAAACCAGAAGAAGCUGAUGCAUUUCUAACAGAAAAUAUAAAUAUCACAUGCGAUAUUUGUCAAUUGGCCGUGAAAACAUUUUAUGAGUUAUGUAAACAUUUUGUUCAGGAGCAUCAACAACCAGCUGGUAAAGAUGCAAUGGAAAGUCAUCAACAGAAACAUAAAGGUACGGAACGGCCAACUGUAGCCUGUAAUAUUUGUGGCUUGAAAAUGAUAGAUCCAAGUUAUCUGAAGCGGCACAUUGCAACGCAACAUCCGGAGGAUGGUAAAAAGGAAUUUAAAUGCCAUUUGUGUCCGAAAGUAUCGCCAACAUUAAAAUCUCUCAAAAGGCACAUUGUGUUCAAACAUGAGACCGGUUAUGAUUUCAUGUGUUCAAUAUGUGAUAAGGCUUUUAAGAAAUCAUAUACUUUGAAGGAACAUAUGGCUGCUCACUCUGGCACCGCUUUAUACACAUGUGCACAUUGUCCAAAAACGUUCAAUUCUAACUCCAAUAUGCAUCAUCAUGGCAAAAAAAACCAUCCCAAAGAAUGGGAAGAAACUUGUCGCGCCAGAUAUUCUGGCAAUUUGCCACCUAAUUACAAAGGACCUGAAAAAACAACCGAAGAAAUUGAGAAUCAAACAAUGUCUUUUCAAUUUGAUGUUUUUAUAUAG